GCACCCUGCUGGAUUAUUCCGAUCUCCUGUCUUCUCCAGAUGUUACCUGAUGGACUGGAGCGGUGUGGAUUAUUGUGAUGUUGACGGCACCCAUUCACUUCUAUUACUGAGACACUGAUGCAGAGACAAACCUGAUGAAGAAACACACUCAUCUUAAUCUUCUACAGCAUGAUACUUUUUGGAAACCUGUGAAGAGAUGAUGAUGCAGAACAAGAUUCAGCUUGUUGUUUUUCUCGCAGGAAUCGUGUCGAAGGCGUCUGGAGAGCCGUAUCGGUUCGUCCUGAUCCAAGACCCAAAGACCUGGACAGAAGCUCAGUCGUACUGCAGAGAGAUAUACGUGGAUCUGGCGACGGUUCAGAGCGACGAAGACAGAGCCAAACUGAAGGAGGCAGCGAACGACGAGAACUUUCAGUCUUUCGCCUGGAUUGGUUUCUACUAUGAAGACCUCAGCUGGCGCUGGUCGUAUCAGCACACGGCCAUCAGCUUCAUGAAGUGGGAGUCCUGGGAGCCGGACUUGUCCAACACAAACGCGGCCUGCGUGACCGUCAAUAAAUUUGGAAAAUGGGACAAACAGGACAAGCUCCAGGACAAGUUUCAGUACAACGAAAAGAGCAUGAGCUGGAAUGACGCUCAAGCGUUCUGCAGGACGCACGAAAGAGACCUGGCCACCAUUACAAACGACGCAGAGAACACACGCGGCCGCGUGACGGGGUCUUCCGUGGAGUGGGUGAAGCGGGUCAGUACCAGCGCGGUUAAAGGCUGUGUGAGAGCCGACACCGACGGACUGAUGGCCGACGACAACUGUUCGCUUCCACUGCCCUUCUACUGCCGCGAAAACACCAAAAUACAGAGACUGAGGGUCACCGUCAAAUCAGACGGACAUCUGGACGAAUCGGCAGUGAGGGAGGCCAUAGACACGAAGAUGAAGCAGAUCUUCUUGGAGGAUGACAUCUACAGCAUGACGUGGAGCGUCCAACCUAACGGGAAGAUCUUCCAGCAGCAGAUCGAAAACACCUCACAGGAGACAGCGGCGGCGUGUGAAGAUGUCGGUCCGAUGUAACGGAUAACCAGACAGGAAUUUAUAAUAAAUGAGAUUUUAUGUUUAACACCAUCACUGAAGUCGUACAGCUGGUGAUUGGUUUUGCAUACAGUACAGGCGCUUAUGAACCUCAUUUAUAAAAGGCAUUUGAAAUAUUACUAUCAGUUUUUCGCACUAAAAAAAGUCAGCUGUACUUAGUGUCCAUGCAUGCAUUGGUUUUAAUCAAUGAAUCUAUCACAAAAAUAAUAGUCUAGUGUAUUAUUUUCAUCCUGCGACUGUGACGGUCUUGCCUGGGCGGCCUCUGCAAUGCUUUGUGAACUCUGCACAAUGGAGACAGUGUGUAUAAAUAGGGUUUCGCACGUUCGUUGAGAAUAAACCAUUCCACAGCAA